ACUGCUGCAAGCUACCAUGCUAUCGCCAUUGCUCUCUCGUUGAUGGAAGCUUAUUCGUUGAGUGUUCAGCAUGAGCAGACAACCUUGCAAAUCCUUCGUGCAAAGCUUGGACCAGAUGAUCUUCGGACUCAGGAUGCUGCAGCCUGGCUUGAAUACUUUGAAUCGAAAGUAAUUGAGCAACAAGAAGCUGCCCGCAAUGGAACUCGAAAACCUGAUGCAUCAAUAGCUAGUAAAGGACACCUAAGUGUAUCUGAUCUUCUUGAUUACAUCAAUCCCAACGAAGAAAACAAAGGAAGAGAUUCUGAAUCAGGCAAGAGGAGGUACUCAAGCAUAAAGGUUUUAUCACAUUCGAGUGAGAAUUCAAACGUAGCAAGUCCUGAUAUAUCUCCAAGAGAUUCUGCUAUUGCAGUCAAAGAUGAGGAAAAACAAAUUAAAGAGCCGUUGCAAGAUGAUAGUGCUAAUAUCAUGGAUAUUCCUGAAACUGAGGUUAAAGAGAGUCCUUUACCCUUGAAGGCUUCACCACCUUCUGAACAGCUGGUAGAGAGAUCUGAGGUGAACAUCAGUUCACCUGAGGAAGUUUUUGAAGGUGGAAUACUAGAACAGGAUGAUGGCUGGCAGCCUGUUCAAAGACCUAAAUCAGCGGCAGUUUUAGGUAAACAGAUAAAGCAUUACAGUGCUGCCAUCAGAAGAUAUGACCCUGAGAAUCAUGCUCCAACAGAUGCUUCCCAAUAUAAGCCAAGGAAUUCCUAUUCAAAUAACCGUUAUUACUUCUUAAAGAAGAGAACUGUCGUACCUGCAGCAUACACAGAUCCUCAGCAGCAUAUGAAAGUCCAGACAUCAAGUGUCAGGUUUGGUCGUAAGACAUACAAGGCUACCUACCGGGUUAAGCCAGGGACAGCAUCCACGGAAGUGCAAGAUACUUCUAGGAUCACAGAGCAGAUGAGUGGUAAAGAAGAAUCCCAAAUAUCUUAUUCACAUGUACACAAUCGUUCAGCAGAUCUGAAAGGAAGUGAGCCACAUGGACCUUGGGUUGAAAGUACUGGAAACGCACCAUCAUACAAAGAUGUUGCAUUGGCACGUCCAGGUACAAUAGCCAAGACUCAAAUACAAAAACCUAGAGAUGAUGUACUGCAACCAUCACUUGGUCAAAUUAUCGCACAAGAAAUGAAGGAUUCCUUGGUAGAUGCAGUUCAAGUGGACCAGAGGUCCGUCUCCUCAAGUACCAAUAAUUCCAAAGAGGUAAACAUUGUGCCAGCAGAAAUGCAGCAUUCAGAAAAAAGAGAAGAGUCACAUAGGGAACAUGAGAUUGACAACACCGAGAAAGAUAGUUUACCAGAUAAGGUAACAGCAGAUAAUGAGAAACCUUCUGGCAUUGGCCCUGCAGAUAGUAAAACAGACACGACCUUAUUCAGUAACAAAGAUCAAGAACCAACAAGUAGUGACAAUUUUGGUGCUGCCACUGAGUUCUCAGAUUUGGCAGUACCCACAGAAGCUGAAAAGAGUGGAAAAACUGGCAUACAAUUUCUUGAAGAAUCUCUACCUACUAAUAGUGAACCUAUUACAGUCUCAGAGCAUACAAUAAGUAUGCAGGGAGGCGUUGGAGGUGUUGAAAGUGAGAAGUCAAAGCCUGACUUGCUUCUAAGUAAUAUUGAUAUAAGAGAGAUAUCUAAUAAGAAGCUAUCUGCUGCUGCACCUCCAUUCAAUCCGUCUCCUCCAGCUAUCCUUAGCCCAAUUGCUGUAAGUGUCGGUCUCCCACCACCAGGUGCCAUUCCAAGCGGCCCUUGGCCUAUGAAUAUCUCCAUGCAUCCUGGACAUUCAAAUAUGGUGCCAAACGGUCCUCCUCUGUGCACAUCCCCACAUCAUCCGUACCCGCCCGCUCCUCGGUCUCCUAAUCUCUUGCAUCCUGUGCCAUUUAUUUAUCCACCAUAUAGUCAAUCGCAGAUGGUUCCAAGCAGCACAUUUCCCAUGAACACUACUAUAUUUCGCCCUAACCAUUAUGGAUGGCAACCUUAUAUGAGCCCAGCUGCAUCUGAGUUUGUGCCUGGACCAGCAUGGUCAAACAAUCAUCCAGUCGCUUACACCCCCAGCCCAAAUGUUGCUGACACUAUUUCUCAGUCAAUAGCAGAUUCACACGUCCUAUCUGAUGCAGCUGUUGUUAGUAUAGGACCUUCACUGGACAGCAAUAUGGUUGCAGUAAAGGAGGAAAUGGAGGUCCCUCUGGAGGUAGACACUGGUAAUUUGACCCGCAAUAAUAUUUUGGGAGAGGAACAUGAUAAAGAGUUAAAGGAUGCUGUUAAUGCUGCACUUAAUCCUCACAUGCCAGGAGACAGCAUAUUUGAUAUUGGUGGAACGAAACUGGGAGGCAACAUGAAGAAUGAAGAUGAGGGUAGCUUUAGGAUAUUUGUAAAGGGGAAAAGCAGGCGAAAGCAAACUCUGAGGAUCCCGAUAAGUUUGCUUAACAAGACAUAUAGCGCACGUUCCUUCAAGCUUGACUUCAACAGAGUAGUCAGAGAGAGUGAUAUCUUCAGGCCAUCGGGCGUUUCUUCUGCUGAAGUAGUUUCUUCUGGCGACUGAGGAAUAUUCCACCAGUCAAAUAUUUACCUAUGACAUUAUUACCCAAAGAGAAUUCGAUGGAUCUCCAUUUGAAAAAUACUGAAAUGUGACUCUUAUUUUUAUCUGAGCAUUUGGAAGGCAGCAACAAUGCUCCUUCAGUGUUCCAGGUGUUGAUUUCAAAUUUUCUAGAUCUGAUCCAAGCUACUCUGAAAAGAUAAAUGUGUUUUCUUUUCCGACUUCAAAUAAGGUGUCGACAAUUCCGUGUGGAGUGUAGCAGAUUGCCGAGAGUUUUGCGAGAUCCGGAACCAAUAAAAGGUGGAAGUGUUAGCAAAAAAUACAUGGCAGACUGAUUCUUUACUACAAUUUUGAUAGACUAAGUAGAAUAUUUUCCUCCAAAAUUUGGGCUAAAUUUUGGUCGUAUGGAACUUAACUUCUAGAAACCUAGAAAUUUGUUUGCUCCUGCAUCCUGAAAUAAUCUCUCGUGUCUUUUGUGAGAGAAACUAAUGUUAUUCUUUUGAUGAUGAGAAUUAGUAAUAAGAGCAUCUCCGGCAGCCCCGUUCUCCCCAA